AUGGCUCAGCAAGAGACCGGCCGUGUUGUCGGCGACUUGGCCUGCCAAUCCGACUCUUACCUUCGAAGUAUUGAAACUAAAAUAAUUUCUUGUGAGAAAUCAGCGCAAAAGUCAAAAAAACAAGCCCAGCCCGAGUGGUUAAUCGAGUGCUCCAACUCUGUUUUGUUCCCAGAAGGUGGCGGGCAGCCAUGCGACCAUGGGACAAUCACUCCGCUCUCGGGUGAAGAUUUAGCCCUAAUUCCCAUCACAAAUGUGCAGCGAGAGGGCCUCCGAUGUGUAAUCCACUCGCCAAAGCCUAUCGCUCCUGGGACUGAGGUCCGUCAGGAAAUCGACUGGGGGCGUCGAUGGGAUCAUAUGCAGCAGCACACUGGCCAGCACCUGCUGUCAGCAGUCAUGAUGAAAAACCACGAGCUGAAGACACUGGGUUGGGGCAUGGGCACUGAUGGAGGCUUCAACUAUGUUGACCUGCAGAGGAAACCUACCGACGAGGAGAUGCAGGCUAUCCAGAUGGAAUGCGCCGAGAAGAUUCGAGAUAACUUGUCAAUCAAGGUUGACACUCCAGAUGAUGCGAAUCAUAAUAAGCUGCCUGGAGACUAUGACAAAUGCUGCGGCACCCAUCUUUCGCAAACAUCGCACAUAUCCCUUAUCAUUCUCGGCUCGACACAGUCCGUCCACGGCAAGAACUGCCGCUUGUCCUUUAUCGCAGGCGACCGCGCCAUCAACCUUGCAAGCUCGUCCGUCAGCGCAAUCAACACCAUUGCCAAAAUGAUGUCCUCGAGCAGUAACCCGACCGAAGUAGUGACCCGUGCCACCGCCUUGUCCGACAGCGUGACCGACCUCAAACGCGCCGAACGAAAGCUCUUGCUCGAAGUAGCCAAGUUCGAAAGCGAGCAUGCUAUCAGAAGUAUCGUCCAGAACAAGAUGAAUGCGUAUAUCCAUCGCUACGAAGGAAGCACCGAUUUUAUUAACAAAAUCGUCGUUGAAACGCGGGAUUUUCUCGAAGGUACCGGAUUUGUCGUAGUCAUUGCUAUUGGCGAGCCCAAAGGUAGUGGCCCGGUCGUCAUCGUUGGCGACAAAGUCGCUGUUGAUGCCAUGGCGAAAAAGGUCAAGUCUGUAGUCAAGGACAUCAAGGGCGGAGGAACAGGCGGAAAAUGGCAGGGAAAAGUGAAGGAGUGGACGAAUGCAGAGCUGGUCGCUUUGAAGGAUGUAGUUGAAUCAUAG